UGACUGUGAUCUAUUGGGCGUUAUUUCCAAAGCGACACGUGAUAUUGCAGGAACCUUUGUAACAACUUAAAAGUCGCUGGCAGCCUGGACCACGUAUCAGAGAAAGGCUGCCGGCUGCUCUCUCACCGAUCGCUGCAAACAUGACUGACCUGACAGAAGCCGACAAAGGCCAUGUUCGCAGCAUCUGGCAGAAGCUGUUCGCAGAUGCCGAAGCAAACGGCAGGACAGUUGUGUUGAGAUUGUUUACAGAUCACCCUGAAACAAAGAAGUACUUCAAAAAUUUUAAGAACAUUUCAACUCCAGAAGAAAUGCAAAAAUCAGCUCAGAUCAAGAGACAUGGCAAGGCAGUGAUGAACCGACUGAAUGACAUUGUGGAGAACCUGGAUGAUUGGGACUCAGCCUGCGUCGUUCUGACAGACUUGGCAGAAAGGCAUGUUUAUAAUCAUAAAGUGGAAGUACAGAACUUUCAGGUUAUAUUUAAUGUAAUCCUCAAAAUUCUGACAGAGUCAUUGGGAACAAGCUUUACACCUGAGAUGCAAGAAUCCUGGCAGAAGUUGUUUAAUAUAAUUUACAAAUACCUUGAGAAUUGCUACAAGGAACUUGAAGCUGCUAGCUAGAUUUAUGCAGCAUUCAUGCUGCACAUGUUGCUACUCCAACAACUGAGGAAUUAAUUGCCCCUUAUCAUCACUAAUGUAUGUAAGACAUAUAUUAACAUAAUCAGAAUAUUAGUACAUUUUAGUUGGUGAAUAAAGAAUGAGGAAUAUCAAAACAAAAUCUAUUACUCACCUCUCUUAAAUUGCAUCAAAGUAAAAAGUAAUUUUGUGAAUCACUUGAUUAACUUGCAUAAUUUUGUAAGUAAUAUUUAAAUAUGUUUUAAAUUAAAGCACAUUUCAAUUCAAAAGACACACAGAAACCUGGACCAAUUUAAUUUGUUAUGAUGAAUGAUUGCCAAAGAACUGUGGUAUGAUAUAGCCACACAACUAGCCAGAGCAACUCAAUGGGUCAGGAAGCAUCAAUGGAGAGAAACGGACAGUUAGCCUGUUGGAUUGAGCACCUUCAUCUGGACUGUACAUCUCCCUCCACAGAUGCUGCCUAAGCCAUUGAGUUCCUCUGGGUUUUUGUGUGUUGCUCCAGAUUCCUGCAUUUGUAGUCACUUGUGAAUCUAUUAUAGCUUGAUAUGCUCCAUUUUAAUAUCAUAAUCAUUCCUUUUACUCUGAAAUUUGUACGCCCAUGUGUCUCCAAAUCCAGUCACUUUUCAGCUUGCACUCCCUCCAGCAAUUUUAUAUGAUUCUUUUCUCACAAGACUUAACACCUGUAUGCUGGUAUUGGGAAGAAGGCGGAUGCUGUUUGCCCUUAUUGUGUCUAUACUGUUGACCCAUAAAAGGUGCUGCUGACUCUAAACUCUUUGUUCUCUGUAAUAAUAUCAUGCUCAGAUUUUUAAUGUGGUUUGCAAUGAUUAUUGUCAAUUUCUAACCUAAAUGUGUACACUGAAGAGAACCGUAGUUUGAUACAUUCUUGACGUUAAGAUAUGAGACUCAGUACCUGCAUUUGAAUAGAACUUGUUUUAUUUUGUCCCUUCUCUUCUGCAAUCUGUAGUUGAAUCAAUGGCAACCCAUAAUAAUAUUCAAAAUAUAAAGCUUGUAAUAUUUAAUCAGAAUGGUUGUAGCAAUGUAAACUAAAUAGAAUUAAAAGAAAGAAAUAUGCUUACAAUCUGAAAUGAAAAUAAAACUCUGAGAAAUAUUCAGCAGGUUAAGUGUCAUUGGAACUGCUGAAAACUUAUCAGCCAUGUACCAAGAUCCAAUGAAAAAUCUGUCUUGCAUACGGGUCAAAUCAUUACACAGUACAAUGAGGUAGAACAGUUAAAACAAUAAAAAUGCAGAAUUAAGUGUAAAAGCUACAGAGAAAGUGCAAGUGCAUAAUGAGGCAGGUUGUGAGGUCAAGACCCAUUUUAUUGUCCAUUCAGGACACUCAUAAGAGCAAGAUAGAAGCUGUCUGUGCUUUCAGGCUUUUGUAUUUUCUGCCCGAUGGGAGAGGAGAGAAUGUCUGGCGUGGGCAGGCCUCUUUCCAUCAGCACUGCCCAAUCUUCUGAAUAUCUCCUGCAUUUUCUGCUUUUAUUUCCAAAUGAUAUAUUUGUUGGGACUGUAUAUGCAAAUAUAUACCUUUUCAAAUAUAAAUUUACCAAUAUUCAUACAACAGAAGAAUGUUAUUUUAUCAAUUGAACUCUGUUUAUAGUAUUCAAUGUAAUUUGCAAAAUGUUUGUUGAUGUUGGAGAACUUGUAAGCUUGCAAUUACUUCAGUGCAAUAAAAACUUGUUGCUCAUAAA